CCUCCCAAAAACAAGGAUCAAUUUUCUCUUUUUUUGCCCCCAUAGGCUCUCAUUCUGCUUCUUGCCCCCACUUCCUUUCUCUUAGGCCCCCAAUUCCCUUCUCUCUCUUUUUUCACAUUUCAGAAGCCCUUUCUCAUUGGAGAUAAAAUGGCCAAUGCAGCUUCUGGAAUGGCUGUGCACGAUGACUGCAAACUGAGGUUCAAGGAGCUAAAAGCAAAGAGGAGCUAUCGCUUCAUUCUGUUCAAGAUUGAGCAACAACAAAUUGUGGUUGAUAAGCUCGGGGAACCUAGUGAGAGCUAUGAUGAUUUCACCUCCAGUUUUCCUGCUGAUGAGUGUCGAUAUGCUGUCUAUGAUUUCGAUUUCACAACCGAAGAGAACUGCCAGAAAAGCAAAAUUUUCUUCAUUGCAUGGUCGCCGGAUUCAUCAAAGGUGAGGAUGAAGAUGGUGUAUGCUAGUUCCAAGGACAGAUUCAAGAGAGAAUUGGACGGCAUUUCAUUUGAAUUGCAAGCAACAGAUCCAAGUGAGAUGAGCUUGGACAUAGUGAAAGGGCGAGCCUGCUAAAGUGACCCCCCCCCCCCCCCCCCCCGUUUUGCUCUCUAUCUCUUCCAAAUCUUUUUCAUUCUUUCCCUCACUGUAUCCUUUUGGGGCCACCAACAUUUUAUAGCCAUUAUCUAUAACUUGGAUUUUUAAAAACAUUCCAUUCCAAAACCAAGUGAAUCUGUGAAUGUACUAUGUACUCUUCUGUAUAACCUUAAAGCUUUAUUCAAAAAAAAACAAAAACAUUAUGAUAUUUUGGGAAAAAGCAAAGGGAUUGAACUCUCAAAAACUAAAUUGGCUGCAGCAGAAAAGAGCAUUAGCUGAUGCCGAAAUGUUGUUGCUGCUGCUUUAGAAUUGGUUGAACAGGGUUUUGCUUUGCUUCCAUUUGUCAAAGUGUCGCUCUUAGAAGAUUGUUAUGAUCGUAGCAUGAUGAUCUUUGUUUUUGUGCCCCUUUUUUUUACUCGGGUUGAUUGUGUGUAGUUUUGCUCUAUAUCAAAAGUAUAUCCAUAUGUUAUUUUCCAU